AUGCGAAUUAUUUCUAUAUUUGAUGAAAAAACAUUAAUUAGAAUAAUCUUGGGGUUUUUAUUUAUUUUGACAAUCUCAGCAUCAAAGGACAUCAAGUAUGAUGAUUUUAUAAAAGAAGAAGAUUCUGGUGGUGAAAAUUUAUGUUCUCCAACUCUACCAAUACAAGUUAUAUUUUUAAUUGAUAUUACAAAUCACAACAUUACCUGUUUUGAACAACAAAGACAAAAACUUUUAGAAACAUUAAAUAUUAUAAAAUUAACAGGAGAUAAAAGAAAUUUAUCAAUAGGUUUAGUUGCUUUUCAUAGGCGACCUAUAUUAAUAGUUGACCUAUAUUCAAGCACAUCACAUCGUUAUAAUGAAAUUAAAAUUCAAAUAGAAAAAAUAAAACCAAGAAAAAGAAACAUUGAACCUUAUCCAGCUGGUGCAAUGGAAUUUGCAAAAGAUAUUUUUAUAAAAAGUUACGUUGAAAAUGCUAAACGUUUAAUUAUUUUAGCACAUAAUGGAAAUAAUAGUGAUUUGAUGACUGAUACCACAACAGCUAAAAGUAAUUUAGAUAAACUUAAAGUAGAUAUAUUUGCUGUUACUGGAGAUUCUAAUGUUAUCAAUGCAAAUUUAAUUUCUUAUGUUGAAAGUGAAAGGAGAAUCUUUAAAAAUUCUGUUGAAAAUUAUGUUGCAGAGAUAGAAAAUUCUUUAGAUUUUUGUGAAAUAGAUUUUGGAUUACAAGCACUUGAAAUGGAGAACAAAAAAAAAUAUAGAAUUAUUCGUAGAAAGAUGUUUGCUUCAAAGAUUAAAAAAAUAGAUGAAAUAAGUACAGAUGAUAAUAAAUUUAAAUGUGAUUCAGAAAAUGUUGAUCUCAUGAUACUUCUUGAUACUACCGGUAUUUCAAGGAAACAUUUUGAAAAUGAAAAAAAAAUGGUUUUAGAUUUAAUUAAUCGUUUAGAUGAGGAUCUUUUUGAUAGUGAAGUAUUACAAAUUUCAAUUAUUAGUUUUUGUGACAUACCCACCAUUCAUUUGCCAUUUAAUUUAGAAAAAAAUAAAAAACAAGCUGUUUUGAAGGCUGUUGAGGGAAUAGAUUAUACCGGAAAUACUACAUUAAUUUCUAAAGGUAUUGAGGUAGCAUUAGAAGAAUUUAGUAGAAGUUUAAGACGAAAUACUAAGCAAUUUUUAGUUCUUGUAAGUGAUGGUCAUGGAAAAGAGUAUUGGCAUAAAGUUAAAAGUACAUCAAAAAAAUUAAGUGAAUAUGGAUGUGAACUUUUUGCAGUAUCAACUUCUAAUAAUUAUAAUGCCAUAGAAUUAAAAAUGUAUACUGGAGGUAAUAGAGAUCGUGUAUAUGUUGGAAGAUAUGUAAAAAAUUUUGCAAAUGAACUUCUUAGUAAUAUGGAUAAGUGUUUCUCAAAUUCUCCAAACAUUAAACUUCAAGCAGAAUUAAAUAGAGGAUUGACUUCAACAAAACCUACAACAACAACAACAACUACCACUACAACUACAACUACAACAACAACUACCACUACUACUACUACUACAACAACUACAACAACAACAACACCAACAACUACAACUGCAACAACUACAACAGAACUUUCUUUAGCAGUUAUUCUAGAAAGAGGAGUUGGAAAAUUUGUUGGUGAUGCUGUUUGUAAACAAGAUGCCGUUGAUCUUAUGAUAAUUUUAGAUGUUUCAACAUCAAUUACAGAUGUCUUUGAUAGGCAAAAACAAAUAAUACUAGAUCUUCUCCAAAUACCAAGUGAAAUGGAUUUCAAAAAAAGAAUUCGUGUUGGAUUAGUUACAUUUAAUCAAGAGGCAAAAUUAGUUUUUCAUCUUGAAGAAUAUAAAGAAAAAAAUGAUUUAUUAUCUAAUAUUAUAAAAAUUAAGCAUACCGGUGGACAAACAUCUUUACUUUCUGGAGUUGAUCGUGCCCUCAAAGAACUAACUACAUAUAAAAGGCAAGAUAAGGUAAAAUUAAUAACAUUAAUAAUUUCUGAUGGAAAUUCAAGAGAUAACUGGAAUAGUGUUAAAAUAGGUGCUAAAAAAUUAAGAGAUCUUGAGUGUGUUGUAUAUUCAGUUACAGCAUCUGAUUAUUAUCAUUAUAAUGAAUUAAAAGAGUAUGCUGGGGCAAGUGAAAGAGUAUUCACAAAUGGUCAUAGUCCAAAAUUCAUUAAAAUGGCUAGUAGCUUUUUAUUUGGAUGUGAAAUAGAUGUAUCUGACUUUGUAAAAGUAGAAAAUAUUCAAGAAGUUAGCCUAAUAAAUAACAAUGCAACUUCAUUAAAUUUUAAGAAAAAAUCUAGUACUCAUGAAAUAACUGAAAAAUCAAGAAAAAUUAUAAAAGAAAAUAAAUCUCAAAGUAACUUUGAUAAAAGUACCUCCAACAUAAAUAAUAUAAACAAUAAAAAUGAAAAAAAUACAAAUUUAGGGGAUGAUGAUGAUUUAUUUGAUUUAACAAAUAAACCUACUAAUCAAAAUGAAUUAAUUUCUGAAUCUUCUAAAAAAGAUAUUAUGAAUGAAAAUUCUGGAGAAGAAAUUGUUCAAACUAUUAAUGGUCAUUUAAUAGAAUCUAGUGGGGAGGAAUUAGAAGAUGAAUCAAAACGAGAUGAAAUAAAAUUAAUUGAAACACAAAAAGAAAAAGUAAAUUUAAGGACACAUCUUGUAGUAGAGACAACUCAAAAUCCAAUAGAUAAAAAAAACAAUAAUAAUAAUAAUAAAGAGUCAAUAUCAAUUAAAAGUCAUAUUGAUUCAAGGCAUGAAACAUUUAGUAAAUUGUCAAGAAAAUUUAACAUAAUUGAACGUGAAUCAACUGAUGAUGAAGAAGGUAAGGCAAAUCUUCGUGGUCAGGCAAUAGUUGGAAAAAUAAAAAAUGUUUCUAAGGAAAAACUUAAUAAAUUUGCUGCUGAAAGAAGUGAUGAGUAUGAUGAAAAUGUUGAAGAAUUACCAAAAGUUGAUGUAAAUGAUAAUGUUUUUGGAAAAACAAAAGAAAAACAACAUGUUGGAGGUUUUGUUGAUACAAUAAAAGAUAAUUCAAAUGCAAAUGAAGUAAAUAAAAAUGAUAAAAAUACAAAAUUUAAGAGUACUUUUUUUGAAAAAAAUACAACAAGAACAUCAAAUAAAUUGUAUGUAAAUAAUAGUAGUAAUAAAACAAAUGAACCAACUAAUACCAAUAAAGAACAAUUUUUUGCCGUUGAAUCUUCAGCAAUAGAAAUAACAGAAAAAAAUAAUGAUAAGGAAGAAGAUGAAUUGACAAUUGAUGUAAACAAUAAUUUAACAUUUUUAAAACCAAGAACAUUUAAGAGUGGUUGUAAAAUUGAUUUACUUUUUGUAAUUGAUUCUUCACAAAGUGUUGAUAAUAGUUUUGAGAAACAAAUUCAGUUGGCAAUAGAUUUAAUAAAACAAAUACCAAAUAAUGAUUUUGAUGAUCGAAUAAAAGUUGGUGCUUUAGCUUUUACCAGAACUUGUGAAACAAAAUUCGAAAUUGGACAAUAUAAAGAUAAAAAAGAUAUCAUUGAUGAACUUUUAAAAGUAAAACAUUUAGGUGGUGGUACAUCUGUUGUCAGUGGACUAAAAAGAGCUAUAAAAACUUUUAAAAAAAAUGGUAGAAGUGAUGCACUACAAAUGAUAAUAUUAUUAUCAGAUGGAAAUAGUUUUGACAACUGGAGAGAUGUUAUUUUAACUGCAAAAAAUUUAAGAAAAAUUGAUUCUACCCUUUUUGCAAUUAGUUUAUCUCAAAAUUAUUAUCUUUCAGAGUUACAAUUGUAUGCAGGAAACAAAUGGUAUGUAUAUGUUGAUGGUAGAAUAAGACAAUUUUUGAAUGAUGCUGAAACAAUUAUUCAAAGAUGUACUGGACCAAUGAUUCCAAAAGAAAGUCGAAAAUAUGUUAAAGAACUUACUGAAAUUGUCAAAAAAGAAAACAAUUUAAUUAUGAAUAAUAAUGAUGAAAAAAAUGAGACAGAAUUAUUAGGUAAAGAUGAUAAAAAAAAUGAAUCAAAUUUAUCAAAGAAAAAUGAUCAAAAAAAUGAUACAGAUUUAUUAAGUAAAAAUGAUAAAGAAAAUGAAACAGAUUUAUUAAUUAAAAAUGAUAAGAAAAAUGAAACAGAUUUAUUAAUUAAAAAUGAUAAGAAAAAUGAAAUAGAUUUAAUAAUUAAAAAUGAUAAGAAAAAUGAAACAGAUUUAUUAGCUAAGAAUGAUAAGAAAAAUGAAACAGAUUUAUUAUCUAAGAAUGAAAAAAAAAAUGAAACAGAUCUAUUAACUAAGAAUGAUAAAAAAAAUGAAACAAAAGAUGAUUUUGAUUUAACAAAUGCAGCUGUAAUUAGAAAUAUUCAAACAGAAAGUGAUGAACAAAGUAAAAAGACAAUUAAUUUAAUUGAAAAUAAAUCUACAUUUAUUUCAAAUAGGCAAACAAAUUCACAACAAAAUGGUCCAUGUGCUACAGAUUUUGUUGAUUUAAUAAUUCUUUUGGAUGUCUCUGCCAGUAUUGUUAAAGAAUUUUAUGAAGAAAAAAGUUUUGUCUCAGAUUUGAUUAAAGUUUUACCUGAUCAAAAUUUUGAGAAUCGUUUUCAUACCUCUUUAAUUACAUUUAAUAAGAAGGCAGAAAAAGUGUUAUCAUUAGGAGAAUCAAAAUCUAGAAAUGAUAUUUUAUAUGAAGUUGAUAGAAUAAUGCAGGCAUCAGGUGCAACCUCUUUGACAGCUGCUGCUGAGAUGGCUUUACAAGAUAUUAGAUUAUAUAAACGACCCACAUCACGUUUAGUUACAGUUAUUGUUUCUGAUGGAAAUUCUCAAGAUGAAUGGAGUGAUGUAUUAUUGGUAUCUAAAAAAUUAAAAAAUAUUGUUGGAAAAGAUAUUUAUGCUGUAACACUAAGUCCAAAAUAUUAUUUUGAAGAAUUAAAAGAGUAUACUGGUGAUGAUAAUCAUAUAUUUGUUGAUGAAAAAAUAAAUAAUUUCAUGAAAAGUGUUGGUGAAAUUAUUUUAGGAUGUAAAGAAAAUCCAAAUCCAUUAAUUACUAUGGCACCUGAAGAAUCUGUUCAACCUACUCCUCCAACAACAACUGAUAUGAUUGAUGAAAGAAGGCAAACUACAACAAUGCCAUUAACAAGUUCAACUAUUUUUGAUGUUAGACAUCCUGGUUUUGUUGAUAAUGAAGAUGGUGAAUCUAGAAAAUUAAAAAAAAUAACAAGUAAUAACUUUUUUAGUAAUUCAAAAGAAAUUGAUAAAACUAAAGAAAUUAAAGGAAAUGAUGAUGACAAUGUAAGAAAUGAAACAUCAAAAAGUUCACAAAAUAAGGACAAAAGGAUAUUUAGUGCUGAAGUAGUAGAAAGAACUUCUGGACAAGUUGGUAGAAUUGUCGAUGAAGUUAAAGAAUUUAAGGCAAAAGAUAUACAUAUAAUUCAUGAUAAUAGAAAUGCCGUAUCAUAUGGAGUUUCAAGUCAUGAAGUUAAAGAAGCAACAAAAUUAAAAUGUCAAUAUAAUAAGAUGGAUAUUAUUGUUAUAUUAGAUGCAUCAACUUCAAGAAAAGAAGUUUUUGAUGCUCAAAGAGAAUUAACAUUAAGUCUUAUUGAAAAACUUCAUAUUUCUAAAGAAAAUGAUAAUGUUGCUUUAGGUAUCAUUAGUUUUACAUCUCAAGCAUUCUUAAGAGAACCAUUAGGUAUUGGUAGAAGUAAAGAGGAGGUAAGGCGUGUCGUAGAAGACAUUGAAUAUAUUGGUGGUUCAACAGCUACAAGUGAAGGAAUUUUAUUAGCAAUAAGUGAAAUUGAAUUAAAAAGAAGAAAUGAUGCUUUUCAAGUUAUUGUCUUGAUGAAUGAUGGAAUGAGUCAAGAUGACUGGAGUAUUGUUGAAAGUACAUCAAAAAAAUUGCAUUCAGUUGGGGCUCAAGUUAUUGGUGUUGCAAUGGGUAAUGAUGUUGAUUAUAGAGAGUUAAAUUUAUAUGUUUCUAAAAAACAAAAUAUGUUUAGAGAUAAUCAAACUGAAGCAUUUUUAAAUUCAAUAACUGAUUUAUUACAUAAUGGAGUUGAAGAAGAUUGUCAUAAAUAUGAAGCAAUUGAAAAAAUUGAAACUACAGUUUUAAUGGGAAAUAUUGAUGAUGAAUCAAGUCAUACAUUAUCUUCACAACAACCAUAUCAAGAAAAUGUAAAUGAGAAAAAAGAAACUAUUACAAGUAAUACUUUUAAUAUUACAAAUUUUAGAAAACAAAAAUAUUUAAAUGAUGAGAAUGAUAAAAAUAAAAUUACAAAUCCAAAUAAAUUACAAGAAAUUCAUGAAGAAAAUACUGAAAGUUGUAGUUUACCAGAUAUAGAUCUUGUUGUUAUUUUUGAUACAGCUGCAAAGUUAAAUUCUACAGAUAGUGAUAUUGUUCAACAAAAUAGAUAUUUAUUGACAGAUUUAAUAGGUUCAUUACCAGUUAAUGAUAGAUUAAAAAUGUCUAUUAUAACAUUUGAAAAUUCUCCAACAAUUAUUCAUGAAUUUUCAAAUGAACAAGAUAAAAGACAUCUUUAUAUGGCAUGUGAAAGAAUUAUACCAAAAGAUGGUAAUCCAUCUUAUUCAAAAGCAGUUGAUGCAGCAUAUGAAUAUUAUAUAGCAAAUAAACGUAGUACAGCAAGAGGAAUGUUUUUAAUAGUAGGUGAUGGUAAAACAUCUGAUCCAAUUGAAGAUAGAAGUGCUUCAGCUAAUCUUAUUAGAAGAAAUAAAAAUUUAGGUUGUUAUGCUUUGCAUAGUGGUCUUGAUAUGGAUAAAAACGGAUUAAGAAGUUAUACAGGAGAUGAAAACAAAAUAUUUGACUUUAGAAGAAAUACUGAAUUUAUGGAUCUUUUGAUUAAAAAAAUUAAAGCAGGUGAUUCUGAAAAUUGUAGAAGAGCUAAAGCUGUUAUCAAUAAAAAUGACACAACAAUUGAUGAAGAGAUAUAUUUAACAAUGAAAGAAAAAAAUCCAAUGAUUUUGAUUUCAAAAGAUGUAUCAAAUAACAAUAUGAAUGAUAUACCUAUAAUAAAUAAUAAAUUAAUUAGUACAAAUGAAACAAAUAUUGAUGAAUCAUGUUUAGUAGAUAUUAUAUUAUUAAUAGAUACUUCAACUUCUGUAAAAAAAGUUUUUAACAAUGUUCUGAAUAUAGCAUCAACAAUUAUCAAUAGACUAAAUAUAGGAGAGAAUAAUGCUCAUGUUUCUAUUAUUCAGAUAUCUUCAGAUGUUGAUACAAAAGUUGUUUGGAAAUUUAAUUCACCUCAAAGUAAAAGUUUAAUUUUAAGAUCAAUACAUAAUACAAAAUAUCGUGGUGGUCCUUCAUCAAUUUCUAAAGGAUUACAGUUUGCCACAGAUGAGUAUAAAACAAUUAAUGGAGCUAGAGUUAAUAAAGCAAUUCCAAUUGUUAUACUAUUUUCUGAUGGUUUUGAUCAUAAUAAUCUAACUGAAAGUUCUAAUUUAUUAAGAAAAGUCAUUCCUAAUAUUUAUGCAAUAGCAGUUACAGAUGAAUUUCCUUACAAUCUUCGAGAACUUGAAAAGAUAACAGAUAAUCCAGAUCGUGUUUUUACCUCAGAAAAUCUCAACGAUUUUUUCUCUAUUUUUGAACAAUAUACUGUAAAUUGUUGA